ACAAACAUAUCGAUUUGACGUUUGACGUUUAAUUCUUAACCUAAAAAUAUUGGCAAAAAUGGCAAACAAUAAAAAUCCAAAAGGGGAGUUAGAAAAUGUUCGUGUUGUUAUUCGAGUGAGGCCCCAAAGUAAAAAGGAGCAACAAGAAGGGAACCAAAAUAUCAUAACAAUCGAUCGCGAAGAAAAUGUUAUCUCAUUAAUGAAAAGGACCCCCAAUGAGAAACCUAAAGUGUUUAAAUUCGAUCAUAUCUUCUCAGAAGAUUGCACACAAAUGGAUUUGUAUCGCCACAUAGCUUUUCCCAUUGUUGAAAAAGUACUCCAAGGUUAUAACGGUACUGUAUUCGCAUAUGGUCAAACAGGAACAGGAAAAACUUACACCAUGGCUGGGAAAAAUACUUCAGAAACAAAGGGAAUUAUUCCAAAUACUUUCUCUCACAUAUUUAGCCAAAUAUCUCGCUCAACAGGCGAAAAAUCUUUUGUUGUAACCGUAACAUAUUUAGAAAUUUAUAACGAAGAUGUUCGUGAUUUAUUGUCAUCGAAUCCAAACGCUAAAUUAGAAGUGAGAGAGCGCACAGAUGUUGGAGUUUAUGUCAAAGAUUUGAUGGGGUUCACUGUUGACUCAAUAGAAUCAAUAUCUGAGUUAAUGAAUCGUGGGAAUACGAACCGUAUGACGAGGUCAACAUUAAUGAACGACGUCAGCUCAAGAUCCCACGCAAUUUUCACCAUAACCAUCGAAUCUAAAGACCGUAUCGACAAUAAAACAACAAUAGGAAAAUUAAAUUUGGUCGACUUAGCCGGUUCGGAACGUUUGAGCCGCACCCAAGCCACUGGAGAACGAUUAAAAGAAGCCAGCAAUAUUAAUCAAUCAUUAUCCGUUUUAGGGAACGUCAUUUCUGCCUUAGUUGAUGGGAAAAGUAGUCACAUCCCAUACAGAAACUCAAAAUUAACUAGAUUACUACAAGAUUCGUUGGGGGGAAACUCAAAAACGGCUAUGAUCGCGAUGGUUAGCCCAUCAGAGGCGGAUUAUGAAGAAAGUAUAUGCACGUUGCGUUACGCAAGUAGAGUCAAGUACAUAAAGAAUCAAAUAAGAGUAAACGUCGAGACGAAGAAGGGAAUGAUCGAGUGUUUUGAGCAAGAAAUAGCCAAGUUGCAACAAAGAAUCUCAAUAAUAUCGCUACACGAAGAAAAAGCUGCCAUAAAAAUGGCGAAGAAAGAAAAAUCUCAAAUAGACGCAAUAACCGAAGAAACAAAAAAACACGACGAAGAACUUCAAAAGACCGAGAAAGAAAAAGAAGAAUUGUUAACGAAAAUCUCAUUAAUCCAAAAGAAAAUUCUCGUGGGCGGUGAAAACCUUUUGGAGAAAGCUCAACAACAACUCUUUUUAUUAGAAAUGUCCGGUGCCGAACUGGAAAGUUUGGAUAAAUCCCACCAACAACUCGAAGAACAAAUCCAGCAAAAAGGGGCGGAAAAAAUUGAUGUCUCCGAAAAAUAUUCGAGCCUCCAAGAAGAAGAUAUCGGCAUUACAAAGAAAAUCAAAAAAGUUCAAGCUUUACUCAACGAAGCUAAAGAAGAAUACGCUGAUAAAGAACACGAGUAUCAAAGAGAAAUGGAAACUUUAUUACAUAAUUAUCGACUUUUAGUGCGCGAAUUUCAACUUGCUAAUAUGAUGAUUGAAAAUUAUAUUCCUAAAGAAUAUUUGAAAAAAAUAGAACAAAAUAUGUUAUGGAAUACAGAAACGACAGAAUUUCAAAUGAAAGGUGUCGCAUAUACCGGAAAUAACAUGCGGAAACACAUGUCAGGCCAUUUAGAGCAUUCCACGUCGGUUAAGAGAGGCAUGAAGGCGGUGUAUCACACUUAUAAUACGAGUAAAAAGGCGGAAAAGCAGCGACGAACAUCAAGCGUCCCAAGACCGAGUGGAAGAUUAGUUCCACCGAAAUCAGCAGCUUCUCGACAUUAAAUUAAUUUUAAAUCGACGUUAAUUGUAAAUUUUAAGUUAAUAUUAAGA